CUUCUUUCCCAUUUCUUUUGACCAUGGUCCAUGGGAUCCAAAUCCGACACACAGUGUAAAAGAAGCAAACCCAUUUUUGGUGUCUUGCAGAGUUGCAGUAAAUCUCAAACCCAAAACCCUUCCAUUGAUUUCACACAGUUUCUCUUUUUCUACUUCACCCAUCUCAACAUUAGUUCUUUCCUACUCAGGCCUCAGGUCGUGAAAAUUAGAGCCUCCCCUUCAAAUUCAUGCAUGUGAAGGCUCAACCUUUCUUGCUAGAUAUCAUUUUUUUUUUCAAUUCCUUUACAAUCACUCACCUUGACUCAAGCCUCAGGUCAGUUUCAACAAAAUGAUAAAAAACGAGGGUUCUUCUCUCUGUUGAGUUCAAGGGUAGCUUUGUGUACUUGAAGAAUGAUUUUUUUUGUGGGGUGGAUUUCAUUUCUUGCUUUUUAGCUACAACAACCCCACCCCAUUUGGCAAAAGUAAGGAUUUUUGGCAAUUACAGGAAAAGGGUAUUUUUUUUGGAAGAGAAAAAAAGGAUGAUUCAGUUGUUGUUCUUGGUGCUAUUUGUUGAGGGUUUUGUGGCGUUUUUUUUGUUGGUGAAGAUAGGGCCAUUGAGAGAUCUUGUGAUGAAGAGUCUAGAUCAGUUGAAGAUGGGAAAGGGUCCUGCUACAGUGAAAACUAUUGCUGGCACAAUGUCUGUGAUUCUCCUUUCAAGCCUUAUGAGCAUUGUUAAGAUCCAGAACAAAGGUGCUAAGCUUGGUACAAUGUCACCCAUGGAUCAAGUGCUGUGGAGAACUCACUUACUUGAAGCUUCACUCAUGGGUUUCACAUUAUUCCUUGGAUUCCUAAUUGACCGCAUGCACCAUUAUCUUGAAAAGCUUGUCACUUUAAGAAGUAAUGCGGGAGCUUCGAAAGAAGAAUUGGACAAUCUGAAGAAAGAAACUUCCCUGCUUAAAGAAAAGGAGGAGAAAGCUUCCAAGGAGAUGACAAAGCUGAAGGAAGAACUUACAAUUCUGUCAGAAAGUUUGAAAAAGGCGAAGCUGGAAUCUGAAGAGAAGAACAAGAAAGUUGAAACUGCUGAAGCUCAUGUUGCUUCCCUCCAGAAGCAAGCUGCUGAUCUACUACUUGAAUAUGACAGGCUCUUGGAAGAGAACCAAAAUCUUCAGGCUCAUACAUUGGGACACAAGAAUUGAGGGAACACUGGGAUAAAAAAAAAAUUGUUGGUAGCAAAAUCAUCUUCUUCAUGUUGGGGGAAAACUUGAAAAAAGGUUCAAUUUUGGUCCUCCGUGGCAAUACAAAAUUGAACUCUGCUGCUCACGUUUACAAAUUUUGCAUAUCUCUGUCAGCUUCUUCACCAUUUUGUUAUUAAAUCGCUGUUCAAUGGCCCCAUCUAGUGUCUUUGUUUGGAUGGAUAUAUUUUUAGGUCAAGGGGAUUAUUGGGAAAUUUAGAAUAGUGUGUUGAUUUAACGUACUUAUUUCAGAAGCACAAGACUAAUGAGAUGUAGAAAGGAAUUGCAGCUCGUAUGGAGAAAGUUUUUUUUGGCUACAUUUAAUGCUCGGUUUGGCAAGGCUUGGUACUCAA